AUGAGAAUGAUCUCGACAUCAAAGGCUUCAAUGGCCGGACUCAUGCCUGAUUCAGAAGAUCCCGAGCCGCCGACAGUCAAGGCGACAGAAGCUCCGCCCGCUCAACCAACAGAGCUCAGCGAUGAAGCAUACGCCACGGUUGCGGAGGAAUACAUGGAAUUAGUUCAUGAGAAGGCAGAACAGAUCCAGGAGACACGGGAAGAUGUUGAAGUCGAGUACAGCGCUGGCGUCCUCUCAAUAACAUUUCCGCCCGCUGGCACGUACAUCAUCAACAAGCAGCCGCCGAACAAGCAGAUCUGGCUGUCGUCACCAAUCUCCGGUCCCAAGCGAUACGAUUGGGUUAUCGAGGGCGAGGGCAUGCAUCAGAAGGAGGGCGGAGGAACGGGAGAAUGGGUGUAUUUGCGUGACGGCACGAAUCUCACAGAGCUGUUGGGCGAAGAGCUGGGCAUCCACAUCUAUGCACAGGCGGGGGAGGAGAUGAAGGGUAGCACGGAUCCCACAGAGUAG